AUGAAGUUACUUAUUGAAGAUCUGAAACGCCUCCUCAGCCUACGUGUCCCGAUAUUACCAGCAGUCGAGACAGAGACAUCGCUGCGUUGGUCUCUAUGGGCAACAUGUGCCAUCACAUUGAUGUGGCCUCAUAGUUUCGCAGCGCCACUCGCGUCUUCUUCGCUCUUGUGGAUACCCGGUAUCACGCUACUCAAUAGAGAGACUCCAGCGUUGAUCGGAGAGAUUGGUCCCCAUACUGAUUGGCCGGCGAUUCUAUACGACGAUACGCGUGCAACAGCGGUGAUUAGUGCUGCAGCAAUGACAGCGAAUGAACCUUACUACGCGUUCAGGCCAGACCGUAUUCAUCUACGAAGAUACUUCAACACGAGUGAAUAUAUGCCGACUGGUAGUCGAGUCAACCUUCCGCUCCCUUACUUUGCCGCCGACGUCCGAUGGAUCGACGCAUCAAGCACAAACAAGUCGAUAUAUGCUGGCAAUGCUGAGUACUCUGAUGUCGGUAAGCCUGUUGGGAUCAGACUAGUUGGUGCGACAUCUAUCAUCAUGGAUCAGAAAUGGACACCACAAGGAAAGUCACCUAAAAACACAACUAUCUUCCAUGAUAUUAGAUUGGUGGCAGUCCAGCUCCCAGGAGUUGAGCCCUUUGAUGGUCCACUUGCACCUGACUCUAGCAUCAGCGAAAGAGAUAGAUGCCGCACAACAACAAAGCAGUUCGGAAAGCUCUCCCCCGUUGCCCAGCACCAGGUUCAAAUUAUAAAUGGAUACAAAGAAAUUAGCUACUAUGACUGCUACAUGCUUGCGGAAGUAGCAAUAACAGCAGGAAUGUACCCGGCACGAGACUGUAAAGUUGUCACCUCUGACACGACAUCGCAAUCCUACACUACCUGCUCUGUGAGACGAAAUGACGAGGCUCUUGAAAAUGACUGGCUGGCUAGUCUGGCUCUGGACUUUACAUCUGAGACCCUCAAAUAUACCGUUCUACAGAACUUCAGUCAACCCUGGAUCAGUUCGGAUCUGGAUGACUAUGUGACGGGCAUGCUGACUCUGGGCUACCACGCAUCCUGGAGUGCAUUAAUGAGGAGAUUAUGGAACGAAACCGAACUUAUAUCCUUCAAAGCUUCGGAGCCUGUCGUUUACGUCGCAGUACACAAGGUCAAGCUCUAUAUUUGGCUGGGGAUGAAUGCCACUCUUACACUCUCCGCAAUCCUCGGUUUUGGCGCGACACUUGCGCCUUUGGCGAUGGACCUUUCAGACAUUGUUCAUAGUCCUGGGGCCUGGGGGCUUUGCAAUGCCGCCAGUCUCAGUCGCCAGGAUAACGAACUUCCUAGGAUGCGAUGGCAGGCGAGUGCCUUGAGAAAUCGGAACGAGAGCGAAGGUGGUGACGGCAAUAAAUUCUGUAGCAGAAAGGUUGUCUUUGCCGACGAUGCUCCAUUGGCCCGCACCAUGGAUGUGAAGAUGGACUCUUUAUCUGAACUUCGAUAUUAA